AUGUCAGCAGCAGCGGGCCCAUUUUCGGGUCGCACAGCUGCCGCCGCCAGCGGGAUAUUGGCGGCGGCAUAUGUGGGGCUUUUUUUGUGGAGAGAGUGGACGAGUAGGAGGAGUUUCAAAGUGGCCUCAGGCGUUGAUGGUCUGGUCGGUGAAACGGCGAUGGUGCGUAUUGCUAGUUUAUCGGAAAUUACUCAGUGUGAAAUUUAUGGUAAACUGGAAAUGUGCAAUCCUGGCGGGAGCGCAAAAGACCGAGUUGCUUUAGCGGUCGUUGUUGAAGCUGAGCGGAUCGGUCGACUGCGUCCGGGCCAUCCAGACUGGGUCGUCGAGGGCACUUCGGGAUCUACGGGCAUUUCACUUGCUGUUUUGUGUCGAUCUCGGGGGUAUGUGGCCCACAUCGUUGUGCCAGACGAUACUUCGGCUGAAAAAGUGGCUUUGCUAGAGGCUUUGGGCGCAGUGGUGCACAAGGUGCGUCCAGCAGGCAUCGCCGACAGCGGUCACUAUGUAAAUGUUGCGCGAAGGCUGGCUCAGGAGGUCAAUGACGACCCCUCUAACGACACGUUGGCGGUAUUUGCUGAUCAGUUCGAGACCCCGGUAAACUGGCGUGCCCAUUACACCACUACUGGGCCUGAGAUCUGGCGUCAGGCCAACGGCCAGUUGGAUGCAUUUGUGACCGGCGCGGGAACUGGCGGCACAGUGGCCGGCGUCUCGCGCUUUCUCAAAGAAAACCUGCCACAUGUGCAAGUAGUGGUAGCUGAUCCUCCGGGAAGCGGCAUUUACAACAGAAUCAAGUUUGGCGUCAUGUUCGACACUGCCGAGAGGGAAGGAAAACGCAGGAGACACCAAGUAGACACUCUGGUGGAAGGUAUCGGUCUGAAUCGAGUAACAGCGAAUCUAGCGGAGGCGUUACCCUAUAUUGACGAUGCAGAGCGCGUUUCUGACGCAGAUUCGCUAGCAAUGGCGCAUCAUUUGGUCAAGCACGACGGCCUGUUUGUGGGCUCGUCGUCGGCGGUCAAUUGUGUCGCAACGUAUCGGCUGGCCAAAAGACUAGGACCCGGCCACACUCUUGUGACCAUCCUUUGCGACAGUGGAUCGAGGCAUCUGUCCAAGUUCUGGGCCGCAGAGCUGCAAGAUACCGAGCUACUGCUGGAUCUAAAAUAA